CUGCCAACCGUGGGCGAGCAGUGGGCGCGCGGGCGGCCUGGCAAGGCGCUCCGACUGUAGCAGUGUCAGCGUGUUAUGAUGCCAUCUCGUACCAACCUGGCAGCGGGGCUCCCCAGCAGCAAAGUGAAGUACUCCAGACUUGCCAGCACAGACGAUGGCUACAUUGACCUUCAGUUUAAGAAAAGCCCUCCUAAGAUCCCUUAUAAGGCCAUUGCCCUGGCCACCGUGCUGUUCUUGAUUGGCACCUUUCUCAUUAUCAUAGGCUACCUCCUGCUAGCGGGCUACAUCAGCAAAGGCGGGGCAGACCGGGCCGUUCCCGUCCUGAUCAUCGGCAUCCUGGUGUUCCUGCCAGGAUUCUACCACCUGCGCAUCGCCUACUAUGCAUCCAAAGGCUACCGGGGCUACUCCUACGACGACAUCCCCGACUUUGAUGACUAGCACCCACCCCGUGCCCGAGGAGGGUCAGAUGGGACUGAGCUCAGUUUGUGACACUGGGCUGA